AUGCUUAACUUCAAACCCGCGGCCACCCCCGUCAACACGAAGGCCAAGCUCUCCGCCACGGAUGGGACGUCGGUGUCGGACGCGUCGUCUUACCGCUCCAUCGUCGGCGCCUUGCAGUACCUCACUCUGACCCGCCCAGAGUUGCAGUACGCUGUUCAGCAGGUGUGCCUCCAUAUGCAUGCUCCAUGUGACUCCCAUUGGACUGCGGUGAAGCGGAUCCUUCGCUAUAUCCGCGGCACUCUCGGCCUCGGGCUCUCUCUACACGCCUCCACCGCCACGGACAUCGUCGCCUAUUCGGACGCUGAUUGGGCCGGCUGCCCCGACACGCGGCGAUCCACAUCUGGCUACUGCGUGUACCUUGGCUCGUCCCUCAUAUCCUGGUCAUCCAAGCGAUAG